AUGCCGCUGCCGGACCUGCCCGAGCAGUACGAGUACAUCGAGACGAUCGGCUCUGGGACCUACGGAGUGGUAAUCCUAGCGAGGGACGUCACUGUGAGGGACCCGGAGAAGGCCAAGGUGGCCAUCAAAUUGAUGGCCGCGCCGGGCAAGGUGCAGGUGGAGGCGAUGUCGCGGGAGCUGCUGAUCCACGGCGCGGUGCGGCACCCGCACAUUGUGCCCGUGCGCCGGUGCUUCAGCACGGCCCACCACAUCGGCGUGGUGAUGGACUACGUGGGAGGGGGGCGGCUGUUCGACAUGCUGAACAAGGAGGGGCCGUUUCCCGAGGCCAAGGCCCGCUGGAUCUUCCGCCAGCUCAUGGACGCCGUGCGGUACAUCCACCAGGAUAUGAACUCCAUGCACCGUGACAUCAAGCUCGAGAACAUCAUCCUGGCCGACUCCAAGAAGCAGUGGCCCUCGAUCUACCUCUGCGACUUCGGCUUCGCCCGCACCCGGGGACCCCAGUUCGGGCCCACCGUCUCCUGCGUGGGAUCUCCCAACUACUUCGCGCCGGAGAUCCUGCUGCGCAACGCUAAGUACCAGCGCUACGACGGCAAGAAGGCGGACAUCUACUCCUGCGGCGCGGUCUUGUUCAUCAUGCUGUACGGCUUCUACCCAAAGGGUGUCCUGAAGAGGAGCUCAGGGUUCGGCCUCGACUUGGGGAACAUCGCCAUCGAGCUGCCAAGGUUUCAGAGGCAGAGGCUGCCACCGCAGCCAAGCAGCAGGGUCGGCGGCCUGAAGUUCCCUUGCACCCCAAGGAGCUCUGCCAGUUCCAAGGCUCCAGGGACGCCGGGCAGCACCGCGAGCUCCAGGGUCCCCACCACCCCCAGGACUAAGGACGUGCCCAUCGGGCAGGACUGCCUGCACCUGCUGGAGCAGAUGCUGGCGCCCGACCCCGACAAGAGGAUCUCGCUGCAGGGCAUCUGGAAAGAUCGAUGGUUUCAGAGCAAGGUGUCGAGAAGGCGCAGGAGCAUGUCUGUCAUUAGCAAAGCGUUCAAGUUCUGA